UAUAUAUACACAGACCAGGCGCCCGGCCGCUCGAAUUGCAUGCUUCGACUCUCCAUAUUCCGCUUCAGUUCCAGACUCGGGACAAGCACUUCUCCGUAUCGAUACAGCCAUCGACUGAGCUGCGCUUUCAGCUACUCGUCCAUCUGCUCCUACAGCUGCUACUCCACCACCACGAGCUCAACAACCGACAAGAUGGCUCUCCUGGGCGGACCCGAGAAGAAGCACAAGGUCACCAUUGUGGGAUCUGGCAACUGGGGCUCUACUAUUGCCAAGAUCAUUGCCGAGAACACGCGAGCCAACAAAGAGCUCUUUGAGGAGGAGGUGCAGAUGUGGGUGUAUGAGGAAGACGUCAGCAUCCCCAAGACGUCACCGCACUACGACGAGUCCAUCGGCGACGCUCCCCAGAAGCUCACCCACAUCAUCAACAACUACCACGAAAACGUCAAAUACCUGCCUGGCAUCGCCCUUCCCAGCAACAUCGUCGCCAACCCCUCACUUGUCGACGCCGUCCAAGACUCCACCAUCCUCAUCUUCAACCUUCCCCACCAGUUCAUCCGCAACGUCUGCGACCAGAUCCGCGGCAAGAUUGUGCCCUUUGCGCGCGGCAUCAGCUGCAUCAAGGGCGUCAACGUGUCCGACGACGGCAUCAGCCUGUUUAGCGAAUGGAUUGGCGACGGCCUCAACAUCUACGUUGGUGCUCUGAGUGGGGCCAACAUCGCCAGCGAGAUUGCCGCCGAGAAGUGGUCCGAGACGACGAUUGCCUACGACCCGCCGCCCAUGGACAACAGCAGGGCGCCCACGCCUCGCUCCCAGAGCCCCAACGUGACCAUGACGGUCACUGAGCCUACCGACAUGGAGCAUCGCGAUGCCCGGGGCCGCAAGUCCAAGGCAAAGCUGACGCCCGUGCCGGCCGAGUACCCGCCACUCGACCACGAGUGCUUCCGCACUCUGUUCCACCGCCCUUACUUCCACGUCCAGAUGGUCUCUGACGUCGCCGGUGUGUCGCUGGGCGGUGCGCUGAAGAACAUUGUGGCCCUGGCCGCCGGUUUCGUGGACGGUCGUGGCUGGGGUGACAAUGCCAAGGCUGCCGUGAUGCGCAUCGGCCUCAUGGAGAUGGUCAAGUUUGGCAAGGAGUUCUUUGGCGAGACGGUGCGCACCGGUACCUUUACCGAGUCGUCGGCCGGCGUCGCCGAUCUCAUCACCUCGUGCUCGGGCGGUCGCAACUUUCGAUGCGCGAAAAAGGCUGUCGAGAAGGGCAUCACCGUGGACGAGGUGGAGAAGCAAGACCUCAACGGACAGAAGCUGCAGGGUACGAGCACUGCGUUUGAGGUGAACAGCUUCCUCAAGGCCCGCGGCCUGGAGAAGGACUAUCCCUUGUUUACUGCCGUCAAUGCCAUUCUGCUGGGCAAGGCGAGCGUUGACGACAUUCCCAAUUUGGUUUCUGAGACGGAGAAGAAGCAGCUAUCUGUUUUGUAAGGCGCGAGCAAGCAUCAAAGAGAGGAGGCGUUUGGGAUAUACAUGUCAUAAAGCGGUAGAUCCGGCUGGG